CUCAACAGAUUCAAGUUUCGACUCCAAUUGUUAAAAGACAAUCAACCCGAUUUGAUAUUAAAGAGUCCACCACUGAUAAUGACGAAGUAGAAAGUGACUAUGAUUUUUCGAAAUUUGAGCUAUCUUACCGAGCUCUUGACCCCUCAAAAAUGUGGGUUCUCAAUUCAUCUGGGCGUGUCGUCGAAAAAACAGAAAAACUGUUUAACAAAAAUGAGUGGAACGAAAUACAUUCCUCUAACAUUGUGAAUCUCUUUAAAAAAAUACAACGGUUGGAUUAUAUUAACCUUGCGUAUAGGUCAAUGUAUUCUCUGUGGAGAGGAGAAGACGAUUUUACUACAGCUUCAAAACUAAAAGUGUGGUUCGAAAUGAACAUCUGGGCCCAUUUAGUUGAUCCUGCAUUUCGUCUGAAAAUGAUCGAAAGAAAAUUGGAAAAAGGGGGGAUGAGAUUACGCAAAAAGCGCCUUGAAUUUGGCGCAAUUGAAGCUGGAAGAAACUGGGAGGGAACAAAGGGAGCCAAAAUCUUAACGGAUUCCUUAAAAAUGUCCAAGAUGCUUAAAGAUAUGAUUAAUGUACUUGCGAUAUGA